CAGUCGUCUGUUAUACAUCUAUUCGCGUUUAGUUUAUAUAAUUUAUGCGACUCUUUUUGGUCAGUGAGAGAAGCUGUCCCGAAAUUUGGUCUCUUAAUGAAGCAAGUCCCAUGAUACUGACUUUAUCGUUAAAAUAAUUCGAUCUGGCCAUCCUCGAGCGCUAUGGAUACCAUCGCGAAAUUUCCGAGCAAAGCAAUUGCUUCUAUUUUUAUGCCAACAGUGGAAGCUUUCAAGCCCCUCCUUCUGGCGAAUAAAUCCGAGAUUCUUUCAGUUCCUUCAACAACUUACACCUAUGGACAACACAAACGGCAACAAUUAGACGUAUACGAAGAAUGUACCAAUUCACCAUCUUCACCCAUUAUCCUCUUUUUCUACGGCGGCGGGCUUAACAGAGGCGACAAAAUUAUGCCUCUCGUCCCAUCAUCGCUAGUCUAUCACAAUUUCGGUGCCUUCUUCGCCAAGAGGGGCUUCACCAUGAUAGUUGCCGAUUACCGUCGAGUCACUGAUGUAGCCCUGGGCACAGGCGAAGAUGCCGUUUUCCCAUCCGGAGGCGAAGAUGUGAGAGCCGUCUUAGACUGGCUCGAAUCCACGUAUCUACCGUCUUGCGGUGAUAAGGCCCAAAAGAAGCGCGACGUCUUUCUCAUGGGCAAUUCUGCAGGUGGUGUACACGUUUCUACGUAUCUCUUGGAUGCGCGUUUUGAGAAUCGGAGAUAUGCGCUCCGACAAUCUCAACUCUGUUCUUUACGCGGCGCUGCAUUAAUAAGCGUCCCUUUCGAUUUUAAGGCGGCGACCCCUGACCGAUCCGAGAUUCUUCAGACUUAUUAUCCUCCACAUUUAUCUGGCACGCAGCAAGAAUCAUCUCAUGAUCUGUUCUGUCCAAAUGGUCUCCUGCGAGCUUUGAAGACCAGAAAGGAAUCAAUGGGGACGCUUGAGAUUGCACGUAACGGUAUGCCGGAUAUUUUGGUGACGUUGGGGGAAUUUGAUCCCGAGGAUGAAAUUGUCGAGACGAACGAUCGAUUUUUUAGUUUAUGGGAUGACUGUUUUGGGAGCGGACAGGGAAUAGAAUUGAAGCGGAUGGGAGGACACAAUCAUAUUAGUCCGCCAUUCUCGUUGAUGUGUGGUGAUAAAAAGGCAGAAGAAUGGGCAGAAAAUGUGGUUGAGUGGAUGAAAAACUUGCAGAAUUGAAAAUGAGAUGGUCGAAAAUACUAUAGAUUAAGAUUAUUAUGCAAUAUCUUAGACUAGAGUUUUAAUAAAGCAUAGC